UUUCGCCCUCCAUCCAAACAAGUCUUCCUUUCUGUCCCUCCUCCAUUUCUCACAUCGAAACAUUUAUUCUAAUAAUCCUCCAUGGAUUUCUUUUGCUUCAAUCCUCCUCUUCUUCUACUUAUUGGUUGAGUAUAUAUACAUAUGUACUCUGACUGAUCUUGAGGAGAUUAAUCAUAUAUAUAUAUAUAUAAUAUUGAACAAUAUGGAAAAAAGCUCCAACUUUGUCAUCAAUGGAGGCCUCAAAUUGCCCAUUGGAUACCGCUUCCAUCCCACUGAUGAAGAACUCCUCCUUCACUAUUUGAAAAAGAAGGUCCUCAACAUUCCAUUGCCUGCUUCUGUUAUUCCCGAGUUUGAUGUUUUCCAGGCUCACCCAUAUGACUUGCCUGGUGAUUUGAGGGAAAAGAGGUAUUUCUUUUACAACCAGAAGAGAAAUGUGAAUGAUGAAAUGUGCAAGAGAGUUUCUGGGUGUUCUGGUUAUUGGAAGCCUGUUAUUGGUAAAGAAAAGCAGAUUGUUGCUUCUGAUAAUAAUGAUCAGAGAAACAGAGCUUUUGGGGUCAGAAAAACUCUGCUUUUCCGUGAAAGGAAGCGACCGCGUGGGAGACAAACUCGUUGGGUUAUGCAUGAAUAUCAUCUUCUAGGCUUAGGAAUAAACCCAAACUCAUUUUCCCAGAAAUUUGAAAUGGAAGUGGGAGAGUGGGUUAUCUUUCGUAUCUUUCAGAGAAGAAGGAGGCCUAGAAAUUAUGGAAUUGUUUCUCAGCCACCAAACACCAAAAGAACUAAGAUAACGGAUAUGAUUAGACCAAGUUAUUUGGAUUACACAGUAGAAAACGUCUCUGUUUCAGGUCCACCAUCACCCUGUUUGUCAUUUUCUAGUGGAGUCACUGAAAUCUCUUUCGAUGGAGUAGUAGAUGAUCAAGAGGAAAACAGUAAUCCAAACCUUUUAUAGGUUUUUAAUUUCUUUAAUAUUUCUUGUAUCAGAGAGAGGUUUCAAGCUUUCUGGAAUAGCAUUUGUAAGCGAUUUAAUACCCAAUUGUCGUUCUCAAAAAUAAAUGAGCAAAGAAGGUGAAAAAAAAAACAAA